AUGUAUGACAGAACUCCUGAGAAAUCACUCAAAGCAUUCAAGGCAUCGGCAUCUCUUGCUUUAGAGAACUUAUCACCCGGCGAGUUGCCGUCAGUGCCGACAGUAAUCCCGACACAAAGAUCUUCGCCAUACAAAUUCAAUCUCACCAAAACCGACCACAAAAAUGGAACAAGGAACGUUGGGGUGAUUGUCGGGGGUGUGCUGGGCGGAGUGGUAUUUAUGGUUGUGCUGGCUAUGUCCUUCGUGUUUCUGGUGGUGCGGAAGAAGCGCGGCGAGGAGGAGAAUAAUGGAAGGGUAGGGGUAGGAGGAUAUGUCAUCGGACGGCCGGACAUGGUGAAAAGCAGCAAUUAUGGCAUUGGUAAUUAUUCCCCUUGGAAUCCAACCUUAAGCGUCACCACUGAUCAUGAAUGAAUGUGUGGGAAGUCUCCGUUAUCGUAUAGAUACCUACCUACCUACCUAAUCACCCUACUGAUUUUUUUAUACCCCUCCUGGCCUUGAAGGAGGGAAAACCAUCGAACACACUGGAGAUCCGGAGGGUCUGUAAAAUAUUUGUUGGACGUCUCCUUGGUGAGAGGUCGGGCCGUCGUUGGGGCUCGCUAUUUUUGCAUACUUGGGUCUGUGAUUUGGAUGAGCGGCGCUGGUUGUGGGGGGACGGCAUUUUGUAGAUUUAUAGUUAUCAUGGCCUGGGAAGCCAUCAAUAGAUAUUACUCGGAAGCAAAAGAGGGGCAAUGACAAGGUUGUGGAUGUCCGUGACCUUGGGAGUGGGGGAGCAUAUCGCCUGCCGGUAUGCAUUCAGUAAAAAAUGGAGCGAGGACAAAACGGUAGGGGAGGGCAAGCGAUGGAUAGUUCGGAGAUCAAUCAAUACACAUCAUAUCCAGAAUUUUAAGACCAUGGGAGGCAGGCGCUUGCGAGAGAGAUGGACACUUCUACGACGAGCAGAACACAGAAAUCUCGAUAGUCUAUGGCACCUGGAAAAACUCUCCUUUUGACACAUCUCAUUCCGGAGCCCUAUCCGUCCCGUCCUGUCCCAUUCAUGUCACAAGAAUCCUGAUCCUAAUCCUAAUGACAUCUCCAAUUAUCCAAUAUUACGGAAGCUUUGCUUCACUCGGAAGCCCCACCCUCCUCAACCAGCAUGAAUGGGUCGGGGGGAAGAGAAAGAAGCUUUCACUCGCAGCUUCCCGGAGCAGUGAUCACCGUCAGGCAGAUCGUGCAGCGAAGUAUGAAUAA